AUGACCACUGACACUCUCAAAGACUCGCUCAAGGACGUGCUCUACGGCUCCGUUGCCGGCGCCACAGGAAAGGUUUUUGAGUACCCGUUUGACACCGUCAAGGUGCGACUGCAGUCCCAGAGUGACGUCAACCCGCAGUUCAAGGGUCCGCUGGACUGUUUCAAGCAAACGUUCCGAAACGAGGGCUUCCUGGGCUUCUACAGGGGCAUCUCGUCACCCAUUGUCGGCGCGGCCGCCGAAACCGCGUCCCUGUUUGUCUUCUACGGAGCCUGCCAGAGACUGGUGAAAAACAUGACCGGAACCCCAGAGGACAAAUUGCCCAUGUCAACGCUUCUGGGCUGUGGAGCUGUCGCCGGAGCCCUCACCUCGUUUAUCCUCACCCCCAUUGAGCUCAUCAAAUGCCAGAUGCAGGUCCAGGCUCUGUAUGCCAAGCCUCACUCCGCGGCAUCCGUGAGCUCUUCAUCCCACAAGGCGUCUCUGCACACGGCCGUCAAGCAGCCCCAGAUGGGCGUCUACGAGCUCGUGGUCGACAAUCUCAAGACCUCCGGCGUCAAGGGUCUUUGGAAGGGCCAGAUGGGCACCCUUCUACGAGAGACCGGAGGAUCGGCCGCCUGGUUCGGUGCCUAUGAGUACGUGACCAAGUUCUUCAAGGAGAAGAACCACUCCACACACUGUUCCACUGUGGAGUCGCUUCUGGCUGGAGCUGCCGCCGGAAUGUCUUACAACCUGUCUCUGUUCCCCGCAGACACCAUCAAGUCGCGAAUGCAGACCGAGUCUGUGACCAACGGCUCGUCUUCUGGCAAGGGCUUUUUUGAGGUUGGAAAGGAGAUUUACCAAAAGGGCGGCAUUCGGGCUCUUUAUCGAGGCUGUGGAAUCACCGUUUCUCGAGCGGCUCCUUCCUCCGCCAUCAUUUUCUUCACCUACGAGCAGCUCAAGAAGACCUUUGGUUAA